CGCCCCCGCAGCCCCAGAGGGAAGGAUGUACCCCGCCGCGCGUCAGGUGCUGCUACUGGCGGUCCUCCUGUGCGCCGUCAGCUCGCUCGCCCGGCCGGCGGACGACCUCGGCGCCGUCGUCUUCGCCAGCGUGCUGUUCCGCCACGGGGACCGGGCACCUACUGGGUCCUACCCUAAUGACCCGUACAACGAUGUGGCUCGGUACUGGCCCAGGGGAUAUGGCCAACUAUCAGAGAUCGGUGAGGAGCAGCACUACAGGCUGGGCUCGUACCUCAGACAGAGAUACUCUGACCUGCUGCCUCUGACGUACAACUACAACGACACCCACAUCAGGAGCACGGAUGUGGACCGUACCCUGGUGAGCGCCCGUUGUAAUCUGGAGGGACUGUACCCGCCGACAGAGAAGACCUUGAGCCAGCCCAGCAUCAAGUUUCAGGCCAUCCCCAUACACACCGAGACUCAGAGCAAUGACGAUUUGCUGCUGCCUUUCGACAACUGCGCCAAGUACACGAGCUUGGUGUCGCUCCUGAAGCAGUCUCGCGAGUACCAGUGCGUCAUGGAGACGACGGCGGACGUGCAGCGUGAAGUCUCCGCGCACGCCGGCUACACCACGUUCGACGCGGGCAUAGCCGACGUCCUGUUCAUCGAGGAUUUGUACAACCUGAAGUUACCUGACUGGGUCACUCCGUACUACCCAACGCCCUUGAGGAACUUGUACCUUCUAGAAAACUACAUUGUGAACGCUGGCACCACGGAACUGCAGAGGUACGCAGCAGGUCCCAUGCUGAAGGAGAUCAUCGAGAACAUGCAGGCAAAGGUGAAUGCCACGCUCAGUCCAGACCGCAGCCUCUACAUCUACUCGGCGCACGAUGACAACGUGGUAAACACUCUGCAGGCCUUGAAAGUCUUCAAUGGCAUCCUGGUGCCGUACGCGUCCACGGUGCUCAUCGAGCUCAGGGAGAAGUCCGGUAGCUUCUACGUCACGGUGUCGUACAAGAACAGCACGGAGACGGAGCCGUACCUCCUGCAGCUGCCGGGAUGCGACUCCCUGUGCCCUCUGGACCAGUUCGUGGAGCUGACCAAGGAGGUCAUCCCCGACGACCUGGACACCGAGUGCGCCGAGGAAGCAGAGGAGGGAAAGGAGUACCAGUUCGAGGUGCCGGCGAACGCUAUUCUUCCUGAAUGGGAGCAUUGCUUCGAAAAACCGAAAACGCAGAAUGAGCAGUUCCACGUGAUGUCAUUCAUUGUUCCAGCCAAGAGGAUCUCGUAUAAGACGGCGCGCCGGCCCAGGAGCCACUGUCACGUGUCACAGCAGCAGCGGACAGUCGCCCCAGCAAGAGAGAUGACGACGACGACGACGAUGAUGCUCCGAGCGCUCGUGCUGACCGUCGCGGCGGCAGCCGUCGACUCCCGGUCGCUGUCCGCCUCGGACCGCGGUCUCGGCCAGAUCGUCUUCGCCAGCGUGGUGUUCCGGCACGGAGACCGCGCGCCCGAGGUGCCCUACCCCAACGACCCCUACAAGGACGACGUCAAGUACUGGCCGCGCGGCUUCGGCCAGCUGACCCCGAUCGGCGAGGAGCAGCACCUGCGGCUCGGCACCUUCCUGCGGCGCCGCUACGCGCACAUGCUGCCGCUCGCCUACAACACCAACGACACGUACGUGCGCAGCACCGACGUGGACCGCACGCUGGUGAGCGCGCGCUGCAACCUGGCGGGGCUGUACCCGGACGUGCCCAAGAUCCCGCGCGGCGGCGCGUCCGCCGUCAACUUCCAGGCCAUCCCCAUCCACACGGAGAUGCAGCCGCACGACUGGCUGCUGAAGACGUACGAGAUCUGCCCGCGCCACGCCGUGCUGCUGGCGCAGCUGAAGCAGUCCCGCGAGUUCCAGUGCGUCGUCAAGGCCACGGCGGACCUGCGGCGGGAGGUGCCCAAGCACACCGGCCAGCGCGAGUUCGCGUCCGACAUCUUCGACACCCUGCUGGUCCAGGAGACGCACAAUAUGCCGCUGCCCGACUGGGCAUCGUCCUACUACCCGACUCCCUUGAAGCAUCUUCACCUGCUGGAGAACUUCAUCGCCAUAUCCGGGACGUCAGAGCUCCAGAGGCUGUCUGCUGGUCCGAUCCUGAGGAAGAUGGCGGAGGACAUGCUGGACAAGGCGGACGGCGUGCUGACCCCUGACCGCAGCCUCUUCGUGUACUCGGCCCACGACAACAACGUCGUCAACAUCCUGCAGUCGCUGAAGGUCUUCAACGGCCUCCUGGCGCCCUACGCGUCGGCCGUGCUCGUCGAGCUCAGGGAGAAGAACCGCAACUACUACGUCACGGUGUCGUACCGGAACAGCUCGCAGGGCGACGCGCACCUCCUGCAGCUGCCGGGCUGCGACACGCUGUGUCCGCUCGACGAGUUCGUGCGGCUGGUGCAGCCCGUCAUCCCCGACGACAUCGAGGCCGAGUGCGCCGAGGAGGUGGUCGGCGUGCCCGAGCAGGACUUGCAGGUCCCUGCCGCCGCUAUUCCAGCAGAAUGGAAGCACUGUUUCGAAAAAUCGAGAAGUGGAUCAGAGAAUGGAAGAUAUGUUAAUGUUCCUUACCAGUAGAUGAGACCCAAAAUCGCACUAGUCCGAAUCCACUGGAUUCAUGUGUAUUAUUUAUGUCAUCCUAUAUUUAUGAUUUUUUUUUAAUCAUCUCUCCUUUUACAAGAGAAUAUUUAUAUUGAAAUAUGAUUUUUUAUAAACCAUAAAACCAGUCAGUGAGUAGUCAUGUUGGUGAAAAUUGUACGAUGUUUCUUCAAAAACAUGUAUUUGUGUAAAAUAAUUUUCACACUUAAAUGACAGUUAUUCAUUACGAAUGUUCAUUAAGUUAAGAAUGUAGUCUGCUAGAUAUUUAUCAAAGUACAUUUUUUCACUUUUUUUGUAUUACUGUCAAGUAUUAAUUUUAAUGAAUAUUACAGAUCUCGUGAUUAAAAAAACUUACCAAAUAAACUUUACGAAAUUGA